GUUGGAUGACAUGUGAGCUCACGUUUGCGGAAGCACGGUUUCUGCUUUCGCUCAAAGAACGGUCUCUUUCGAGUUUGGGGGCACGUCCUUUUUUCUUGAACUUCACACCUUUUCGUGCAAGCGAGCCCAAGGACCUGUAUCCUGCCUCAACCAAUCGAGGGAGCAAGCCGCGUUAGCAGGGAAGGUAUGUGACAGUCGCUCGGCGAUGCGAAUAUAGUUUUCGUGGGUGUUGACGCCUAAAAGAGGGAGGCAAAGAUCCAAUGGUUCACUCCUCUAUUUGCAUUCGGGUGUCACCGCUACUUUUGGUGCUGUCCUUGAUGCUUCUUUCUCGCUUUUUCUCGACCGGACUGGGCUUCCACAACGCGUCACUGUGCGAGAACUACUUGGAGGUAUACUCACACAUUUGAGGGAGACUUCUCAUGACCAGGACUUUUCUGGCGCUGCGUUGAGUCGUACCGUUCCGCUGUACUCCCUAUGCUGCGUUGUAUUUUUCCGUACUUUUCGUUUUUAUGCGUGGACAGAAUUACGUCCGAUGAGAGCGGAUUUUUUCCCGCCCCAGUAUGACCUUCGCGGGCACUGGGGUGGGCGGCCUAGGCGUGGGUACGUCCGCGCCCCAACGCGGGACCCAAGGGGCAUCUUCGCACAUUCCAUUUUCCGAUUUUGUGUCUUGUAAUUCUGUUUCCUCCUGUGUCGCUGUUCCUGGAUGCUCCCGAAAGGGACGUUUUUCGGAGAAGCCAAGUGAACCGGUUCGUCUCAUCCAGAGAAGUGGCGCGAGCAGCCCCCAGUCCGAAGAUGUCUUCGGGCGGUUCUGUAGUGUAAGCACUACAACAGAGAGUUUACUCAGCGGUGGAUGCCGCGGAAGGGGCGGACAUUCUGUUCUUAACAACGGGUUUUUCACCAGCACGGGGUCUCCGAGCGAGGUAGACUGGUUGUCGCGAGGCGGCAGCAGCAGCAGUCACAGUGGCCCGGAGUGCGUGCAGGAAGGACCCGACUCCGAGGAGGAAAUCUCGGUACAGGGGAAGCGAGUGGGAGGGGACAAGUCAGUUUUCCCGUUUCCAGAGUGUUUUUCGGUUGAGCACGUCUUUCGUGUGGAGGAUCGUGAAGGAGGUUCGCAGGUGGGGAAACACGGGGACUCGCGUGGGCCUCACCCGGAAGCGGCGGCUGACGAUAUCUCCUGUGCAUCGACUGCCGUGGACUUGCAAAGAGAUCCUGUCGGGAACACUGUUGAUAGCCAAAGCGACACCUCACCGGCUUUUAUCUGGGACACAUCUUCGCGGUCGAAGUCUUUUUUCUUCGUUACCACGACUUCUGUACCACCUGGAACAACGUGUGCUGCGGCUGAUUUGCAGUCGAGAACGGGCGCUCGCGCCUUGUCUAACUCGUCUGACACUGGCGUUCUAUUGCCACAAGAAAAUUUUUGCGACCAGGAGAUUCCUCAAUAUCCAUCAUCUUUUUCCAUUCCGGUCUCGCCGCCUUUUGCGGCGUCUGCCCACCUCGUCAGCUCCGACGAGCGACGACACCUUCUUUCGCUUCUCAGGCGCCGCUACCGGGCGGACUUACCUCGAAGUAAGGCACUUCUUUCUGAACACUUGGGCCGUUUGAAUAUCUCGAAUCUCUCUAGCAGCAGCGCCACAGAGCUGUGGAUGGUCGCCAGGCUGUUGAACUGUGAACAGGAGGCGUCGCAGCUGUUGGGUGCUUCCUGCGGUGCAGCGAGUCUGAACCCUGGAGGCAGGGACUGCCUCGCUGAAGACGGGAGCCCGGGUCGUGGAACUAUGGAUGCCAUGAAGACGGCGGAAGUGCCUGUGGAGAGAGAGGCGAGCGGGGGGCCUUUGGAAAUGCGGACCGACCAGGAUGCUGCCCCGACAGCUGCUCAGACUCCGCAGUUCGACCCCGCACUAAACAGAGAUAGCCACCCAUAUCCUGUAGGGAGCAGCCCGUCUCACGUGGCCCCAGGCAUGUGCCACGGCGCUUCGUCUGGAUCUCGAAAUCCAGGCAACGUCGCAGACAGGCGUGCCGACGAGGGACAGAGUGUCUGGGCGUGGUCGGACAGCUCCUGCCCCACAGGCACUGCCUCGUCGUCCAGCUCCCAUACUUCCCCGCAUGCACCGCACGCUCAUUCGGCGUCAGACGCUGCUCUCGGCUGUGCCCAAGUGCCACUGCCGGAACCGCGAGCCACUGAGAUUCUCGCUGACGUGGCUUACGGCUCACCACCUGCACCAGCGCUCGUCCCGUCUCCACCUCUGCAACCUGCCGACCGCUUCAACUACUCUCCGGGACAGCCAACUCAGCAGGUUCCCUUGGAUUCCCAGUGGUGGAUGGAGGGUGACCGUGAAAGCCACCACAGCGUCCCCACACCGUACCCUCCAGGAGACAACUCAGGGCAUCCAAACAUCAGCUUCAUGCGCCGGGGCCCGCAGCCGGAGAGUCUCGGCAGUGAGCCGUCGGGAUUCCGGACGGCGCCUAGGGGUUCCGAAAUCGGAGCGAGCGACGCGAAAGGCCAUUUGGAGAGUGGGUCGCCGGCUUUGGUCAUGCUUCCCCCUGUAGGCGGCCCCGCAGGCCCCGGCUCCAGAGAUUCAGUACAUCCCGGGUUUGCGGUAACGCCGCGUUUGCCUGGUGUAAAUUUUGGAGGGACCAUGCAUCAUCAGGGGCCCCACUCAAGUGGCAUUCUUAUCCACACGCCGCCGCAUGGCCCAAUGGGAUAUCCGAAUCCCGUCGCGUCGCGAGCUCCGGGGGACCACCAGCAAGUGCUUCAGCUUCCUGACACUGUUGGCGGGCCGGCGAACCUUCCGGGCUUAAGUGGCGGUGUGGCUGGGGCGUGUCCUGCGCCAGGGGCUUUUCUCCAGAGUUCGCCGAUGGGGCCGCAACACCAUGGAGGUAUGAUGCCUUCCGGAAUGCCAUCCCCCUACUGCAUGUCUUCCCCGAUGGGCGCCCGGCCGUCGUCGCCUCUCCCCAACAUGGUGGCCAUGGGCUCCGUAAUGGGUCCACCAGGCAGUCAAGCGAGCCCAGGGAGCCGUCCCGCUGUCGUGGAGCCCAACAGGAUGGUGCCUUCGGGGAUGGGCAUGGCCCCUGGAGCCGGCGGGGCAGACGACAGCCCCGGAGGCGCGGCUGCGAAAGGGUCCCCGCGACGUAGUCGGAAGAAACCGUCGCCUAGACCGGUAGAUGGAUCCUUUGGGAAUCCUUCUUCUCCGGGAGGAGUUGCAGUGGCCGGCGGGAACCCUCCUCUGCCGGGGCGGCCUCCCGCGCCCCAGCAUCCGAAAAGGAGUCGCAAACGCGGAAGCGCUGCAAAUGCGGAGGGAGGCGCGGACCCCCAGCCUCGCCAACCACGGCCGUGGCAACACACAGCCCGGUGCAAGAAGAGCGGGCGAUUCUGCACGCGCGAGGAAGCGGCUCAGGCGGCUGCAGAGGCAGCGGCCGCCGCUGCAGAGGGGUCGGGUGAAGGGGGGGAGAAGAGCGGAGAGGCCGCGAAGAAGAGUGGCUCGGACAACGCUCCGUCUGCACAAGGUGGCGCCUCAGGAAACGGCCCUCCGAAGUCUGGAACCGGGUCGGACGGGUCCAAGGAAAGCUCGGACCGGUUUGCGGAAGACGGAUCCAGACCUUCUGGGGGGAAAUUGGAUGAUACGGCCCCGAAGCAGUCUGGAACGGCUCCUCAGGCGGGGAGUACCAGUCGAGUUACGGGGGGCAAGUCUCGCUCAGCCAACGGAAGCGGGGCAGGAGCGGGUAACGAAGGCAGCACGGACGCGAAUGAUGGCGCAGCCAAAACAACGGGAGCCGAUAACUGUGUGGAAACUGCAUCCGCAUCUGGGGAGAAGGAGGAGCAGCCCGAAUCGAAGACCGCGAGCACGCCUAGGAAACGCCGCCGUAUCAGGAAGGAUGCGGAGGCCAAGAACAAAGGCGUCUCCGCGGACAGGACUGGAACUGCGGGUGAGGCCCCUCGGUCGCCAGUGCAGAGCACGGAGACAGCACAGCCCUUCUCAGGGUGUGGCAUGAAACCCGAAGACUCAGGUCAGUUUCGAAUCGCCCCAGGGGUCCCUACCGAGGGCGUUUGCCCUCAGGGAGUGUCAUGGGGCGUGCAGCAGCAAGCACCGGCAUACUCAGUGGCGUCGCGAGAUCCCGGAGCGUGCCUUCCUUACGCAGCGGCGCCAUGCCACGCGAGCGCUUCCGUCCGCUACGGCAUGGCGGUGGCGACGCGGCCACAGUACUCGUCGUACCCCUACAUGUCGAGUGUGUACCCCGGACCUGGGGUGGAAAGGUCUGCAGGGGAUCUGCAAAUUGAAUGCGACGCUGCGACGCCUGCGUCUCCGGCAACAGGGGCUGCACCCCCGUGUCAGGCCCCUUUGAGUUCGGGAAGCCCGUACGGCAGUUUGCCCUACGACCUUGACCACACAGGUCAGCCUCUGGCGGGGAACCCUUUGCGGCCCGCGGCUCCCACAGGGUCUGGCUCUGUGCCGCCGGGAUCUUCGACUCCGUGGUCAGCACAGUCCCACCAGGCCUACGGGGCGUCGCCUGGUUGCCAUGGGAUGCCGCAAGCGAGGCAGAUGGGAGAGUGCGGAGUGGAAAAUGGCGCCUAUGUGGGUCAGGGAGUGCCGCCACACUCGCAGGGCAUGCCGAUUUCCGGUGGCUUCGAGCUUCCAUAUCCCCAGAUGGGAAGUUCAUGGGGAUCGACUGGGAACGUGCCGAAUCAGGUGUACCCGUCAAGCAGCAGACCCGAAGAAGGUGAGGAUGCCAGUGGACAGGGACAGCAUGUGGGUCACAGCGAGUUCUCGCCGGUGAAACCCGAAAUGUGCUCUUCUUUGUAUCCUCCGACUCACCUCAUGCAAGACUGGCGCCCGUUCCACGGGGACGUGUUGGGAUCUCAGCCGGGCCGCGGAUCGGCUGCGCUAGGCCCUUCCGCCCCGAAUCUCUCUUCUGCCUCUCCAGGCGGAGACAGUCGGGACUGUCUCAUGCAAAUGCCCGGUAGCAGGGGGGCACCGGGAGCGCAAAACCCCCCCACGUGUCACUUGCAAGCUCAGCACAUCGCGGGAGAGCACGCAGACAGUGCCAGUCCAGCGCUUCGGUCAAACCAGACAGGCGGGUGGGUCCUGACGGCUCGAGGCUGCGAGGGAGGCGACAGCGGUAGGGGUCCGGAGUCUGCGUCCUCCACUACAGAAACGGGGUCGGCCUCCAGAGCUGUCAUCAUGGGUCUAGGAACGGAGGACGGAGAAGACGAUCCAGCGAGAGAACGUCAGGAUGAAGACGGCGGCUUGUUCCAGAGAAGUGUCCCUUUAUCCCCGUUGCUCUCUGGCUACCACCCCCUGUUGUAGAAAGGGGGGGACGGAGAUCGGGCUCUCAAUGAAGUGUCCUAUCAGCAGAGGGAAAUGAGUAAGAACGUUAGUGUGCUAGCUACAGUGAAACAGUUGGGGCGCGUUUUUGCCGGGGCAUUUCGUCUGUAUCUUCUUCCCGGUGUUCCUACUGGAGCAGACGGAGAGGGCGAAGGACGGCUUUUGACUGCGUUGCCGUUUUCGGCAGUGUUCCUUGAAUGGCCACUGCAACGUCUGCGUUCCGUGGUGGUUCGAAAUAGUGCAACAUGCAAGCGGAGAAUGCGAGGAAAGCAGCAGGUGUUAAAAGUGUUCCACGUGAAUCGAAUUCCGUUCUUGGGGAAAUCUUUUUUUUUCUUCAAGACGCUGUGCUAGAGGGUGAAUCAGAUGCUUGGUUCGAAAUGAUUUCUGAGAAGGGUACUACGUGGCCUUUGCCGUUUGAAGGGACCUUUAUGUGCGGGUACUCUACCGCGUCCUACUUACGUUUGUUUCCUGCUUGUCUACUGUGGGCUACGCCUCCGGAGAUUGCCGGUUUCCAUAUCUUUCUCAGAAGCACCAUCGUAAGAAACAGUAUCACACAGAAGCACCAUUUUUGCUACUGUUCGACGGGACUGGCAGUCUCGGACACGAAUUUUUUCAUCCUCCAUAACCUUGAUUUUGUUGAAGGGAAAGGUCCGUUGGUGCUUGUGACAGGCUGCAGAACAGCUUCAUCCCGUUCUUGCCGGCGUCCUUGUGCCCACAUGUGAGCCGGCAGUUUCGGCGUGUAGAGGGAACCGGCAUAUUAUGCGGAAAGACGCGUGUGUUUGCGUCCGUUCCACAUCUUAAUUGUUCGGGGUGUGGAAGGUGGAUCUGUUUGCACGCAAGUGGCGGCAGCCUUGCGCUAAGUGGCUUCUCAUGCUGUCAUGAAACAGUGAAAGUGUUUGUAUUUUGAGUGGCAAUCUCCUUAAUUAGUACGAUUAUGCUUCACAUACGUACCCGUUGCGCGGUCGCAUCGUUUACCAAGACUCUCGGCCUGCAGAACCCGUUCUUGACUCUCCUGCUCUAUGUGAAAGAACCGGGGGCUUCUGGAGAGAUACGGAUCUCGUUCCUCUGCCUUUGCAGGGGAGUAUGGAACAACGGUCCUCCGAAAGCGGAUCCGGCCCAGCCGUCUGGUGCAGACGACGGAUUCUUGGCUGUUCAGUGGACUGGAGAAGGCAGGCCUGAGAUUGCGUUAUUGUGCGCCUGUGUGGAGCCAUCUUGAAUGGACACGGUGAGAGCGACCGUGUCUGUAGAUGUUCCAGCGUAGCGGGAAUUCGAGACUCCCACACGGGACCAAAGAAUCACCGGAGACACGGCGUUUGUGCGGACUAGAAAAAAAUGCAGAGGAGGGCCAAGGGUAAGGGGCCGAGCGCGACCAGGCCAAGUCGGGUAGUAAUUGGUACAAUCUGUUCUGAGGAAAGACAGAGACUAUUGAGGAGCGGAGGAGCUUUCGUGGGUGUCUGGGUCUUAGCUGUUCAUCCUUGAAGGUUUCUGAACGCAUUACAGGUUGGAGGGAUGGAGGGCCGCACAGUAUGUGGACGGCUGAAGAUUUUCAGUGUGAAAGGUGUUAUUCGUCCGCCUUGGACAUUCGCUUGAUUGAGAUGCCUACAAUAUUUGUCGGCUGUGUAAUGUUAUAACGGUGCAUCGGGAGUUUUGCUUGGUCUGCUGAAGAUUUCGGCAAACGCGUUUUGGGGUUUCUGUGACGCGAAACGAAGAAGUCUGUGUGGUCUUACCAGACCUUGCAGAAAACCACGAGGGAUGGAAGCUGUAACUCGUUUACAUUUCCCCAUGUUCCUGUGUGGUUCAGGAGAACUGUAUAGUCAUUUGAAGAAACAAUGGUCAUUCGCACAGUAGUGUGAGCACCGACGGCCAUCCUGGUGGGUGUUCGUACGCGUGGCGGGUGCAGCUCUUAUCCCUUUUUUAAAAGUGGACAGCGUUUAAGGAAAUGCCAAACGCUUUUUCCUGUAUACGGUCACUCGAGGGAAACCUGGUUCUGAAGUUUGUGUGCAUGGAAAUUUUAAAAACUUGAAGCUUGAAGCAUGUGGCUGCGGCCACGGAACCACCGCUUGUGGUAUUCCCGGAACUAGAGCAGAGACGACCCUCUGAGCGGAGGUCUGUGGUCUUUGCGUUCUCUUUUGUUUUGAACGGGUCACAAACGGUUCAGGGAGAGCUAACUGUUGUUGCGUAAUGUUUCUAAGCUUUCAGUAAUUUCAUUGCCCAUAGGUGCGACAUUGCAACAUGGUGCAGGGCAAGAACGGGAAAACGGUGUGGUUUCCUCAGGGGGAGAUGGAGAAGUCGAGAGCAAAGAAGCACGUCGUAGGGAGAGAAGUGCUACAGUCAGCGAGGGACGGGUUGUCACGUUCAGACUCUGGUGACAAAAGCGGAAGCGGAGAGAGUGCACUAGUUUCUGCGAGAAGUGUCGAGUGGGACUGGUGGAUUUGCGUUUGCGGUCGUACGUCACUCGUUUGUAGACCUUUUGCUAGUGCCGAAUCGUCCGUCCGACGUGCAUUCAUGUCGAAAACGGGUUCUCCUGCCAACUUCUCACACCCAGCGUGCGUCGGAAGAUCGUGGAAAUGGCAACUCUGUUGCACAAUUUUUCUCUUUCAUUCACUAUACGCACCAUUGGGAAGCGAUCAGUGAUAGCCUGUUGCCACUAGAUGCGGAUUCAACCUACAGAGAGAUCACGGAACCCCCGGUUCCCCACACAAAACGAGAAAGCACUUUACAACUGACGCCUGUCUGCAGCGCUGCGGUCCAACAUCUUCUGUACUGUAUGGCAUUUAAGAGACACCCAGUUGGAUGUGAAAGGUAAACUAGCGUUGCACCGAUUGCCCCACAGUAAUAAGGUAUCUGUCUUGCAUUUCGAUAUACUUCCGCUCUUUGUAGAUUUGCUUGCGUUCAACGUCAAGCCCCGGAAGAAGCAGCAGGACGGCAAUUGGGUUGUAUGCUACAGCUGCCUCUGGUAUUCGUGUGUUGUAUCCAUUAGCAUGACUCGAGUUGUGUGACUGCCGUUGUAGCCAUUUAUCUACCGCUUCAGAUCCCCCGCAGUGCCAUCACUGGACAUCCGGAAGUCUGCAUUCUAGACAUCGCUGGAUUCUCAGUACUUUCCAAAACUCUCUGCA